ACACACACACAGCACACUCUCUCUCUCGUUCCGUACACAGCAAACACACACACACACGCACACACCAUGUGGAUUCCUGCGAAGCCCAAGAAUAUCGGCAGGAUCUGCUGCCAGCCCGACUGGGCACCUCACCAGCCGGCUGAGCCGGCGGUGUGGCUAUCAUUGUCGAUGGAGCAGAAGCUUGACCUCGAGGCAUCUGCUUCAACACCGGAGCAGGCGGCACAGCCGGAGAACCCUCCUCCGGUUCAACCAGAAUUGCCUCUGGCACGGAGGCCUGGAUUUGGACAUGCCGGCCUUGAAAUUAUAAUAAAGGCCAACCAUUUUCUCGUUGCCGUCGCAGACAAAGAUCUGCAUCAUUACGAUGUUUCAAUAUCGCCAGAGGUGGCUUCAAAAAAGGUGUGUAGGGAAAUUAUCGACCUGGUUAUGAAGGGCUGCGAUUUCCCGAAGGAAAAGUUGGCGUACGAUGGAAGAAGUAGUUGCUACGCUGCAAGUUCCUUGCCAUUCGAGUCAAAAUAUUUUGCGGUUGAGCUUGUCGAUGCUGAUAGUCAGUCCAGGAGGAUCCGUAAGUUCCAGGUGUCCAUAAAACUUUCUUCCAAACCUGAUCUCUAUCAACUGAAGCAAUUCAUACAAGGUAGACAACUGGAUCUGCCACAGGAAACAAUCCAGUUGUUUAAUGUGGUUCUUAAACAAUACCAAUAUAAAAGUGGCCUAGUGGUUGGGAGGUCCUGUUUCCAUCGUGGAAUGGGUAAUGGAAGGGAUCUUGGAAAUGGACUUGAUUAUGUGCCAGGCUUUUAUCAAAGCCUUCGCCCUACACAAAUGGGCCUCUCUCUCAAUAUUGAUAUGUCCGGGACAGCCUUCUUUCAGCCUAUCUUGGUCGUGGAUUAUGUUGCGAAGCAUAUCAACAAAGAUCUGACUAGUGGUUUAUCUGACCAAGAUCGUACCGAGGUGAAAAGAGCUCUAAAAGGUGUACUAGUGGAGACCCACCAUCUAGGUCAAAUAAGACGACACAGAAUUUCGGGCAUCAGCAUGCAGUCAACGCAACAAUUGAUGUUUUCGUUGGAUGGCAAGGGGACUCAGAUAUCUGUUGCGCAAUACUUUAGUCAGAAGUAUAAUAUUGUUCUACAAUUUCCAAAUUUGCCAGCUGUUGAGGCAGGCAGUGAUACAAAACCCAUUUAUCUUCCGAUGGAGCUUUGUAGUAUUGUUGAUCAUCAGAGGUACUCGAGAAAAUUGAAUGUAACACAAGUUACAAAACUUCUGAGGAUCACCUGCAUACAACCCUCGAAGCGAGAGUAUUCAAUCAAGCAGGUGGUUGAAGAAAAUCAUGGCGUCAAUGAUGAUGCGUAUAAGAAAUUUGGUAUUUGUGUUAGCAGUAACCUGACAUCUAUAAAGGCACGGGUGUUGCCUCCGCCUACGCUGAGUUACCAUGAUGAGACUGGUAAAGAGAUUCUGUUUACUCCAACUGCGGGACAAUGGAGUAUGAAAAAUAUGAAAAUGAUUAAUGGCGGAAAGAUAAAGUUCUGGGCUUGUAUCAACUUCUCAAGGGUGUCUGAUGCAAAUGUUGGCCAAUUCUGCGAUGAUUUGAUUGGCUUAUGUUCCAGAAAAGGCAUGACGUGCAAUCAGGAACCCUUAGUUCCUGUCCGUAGUGUUCAUGGUCCGAUUGAGAAGGCAUUGUUUGAUCUCAAGGCGGAGACUUCUUCGGAACUUAGAAAGCUAGAUGCGACUGAAAAACAGCUUCAGCUCCUUAUAGUUAUUUUGCCUGAUAUAACCGACUCAUAUGGGACAAUCAAGCGUGUUUGUGAAACGGAGUUGGGUAUUGUCUCGCAGUGUUUACAGUCUAAAAAUAUAAUGCAAUCCCGUAAGCAGCACAUGAAAUACAUGGAGAAUGUCGCACUGAAGAUUAAUGCGAAGGUUGGAGGGCGAAAUUGGGAAUUGGAGGAUUUGAAGCUUGAGCUGACUAAGGAAUUCCCUUAUUUUAGGGAGUGUCCUACCAUCAUUUUUGGUGCAGCUGUUACUCAUCCUCAAGCAGGGGACGAUUCAAGCCCCUCUAUAGCUGCGGUUGUUGCUUCAAUGAACUUUCCUGAAGUAACAACAAAGUACAGAGGACUUGUUUCUGCACAAGCCCGUAGAGAAGAAAUUAUCCAAGAUCUCUAUAUAGAAAAGGUUGAUCCCAAAAGGGGACUUAUGCGUAGGGGAAUGAUUAGAGAACUCUUGACGUCCUUCUACAGAGCGACUGGGUAUAAACCUAGGAGGAUCAUAUUCUACAGGGACGGAGUAAGUGAAGGACAAUUCAGUCAGGUUCUUUUGCAUGAAAUGAAGGCAAUAAGGGAGGCCUGUGCCUCUGUUGAAGAAUAUUAUAUUCCAACUGUUACAUUCAUUGUGGUGCAAAAGAGGCAUCAUACUCGGCUCUUUCCCGCUGAUCAUAACACUGAUAGGAGUGGCAAUGUGCUUCCGGGCACUGUGGUUGAUACCGAGAUUUGCCAUCCAACUGGAUUUGAUUUCUAUCUCUGCAGCCAUGCUGGAAUCAAGGGUACGAGUCGCCCCACACACUACCAUGUGUUGUAUGAUGAGAAUGAGUUCAGUGCCGAUGGCCUGCAGAUGCUCACAAACAGAUUGUGCUACACGUAUGCCCGGUGCACUCGCUCCGUCUCUGUAGUUCCGCCUGUGUACUACGCCCAUCUUGCUGCUCGUCGGGCUCGUCACUAUAUUCAAGCCACAGAUUUUUCAGAUAGUGGAUCGACUUCGGAUGCUACUCGGGAGAGGCAGAGAGAGGUCCAGCCUCUGCCUACUAUCAAGGACAAUGUCAAGGACGUCAUGUUUUACAUCUGAAUAUCUGAUGCACAUAUCGUUUUGUCUAUGUAUAGUUCAAUCAUACCAAUCUGUAUGUACUCACAAAAUCUAUUGUAAAUCCCCUCAAAAAAAAAAAUUGUAAAUGUACAUAAUACUCCAUCUAUCUAGCUAUGACUUUUUCUUCUCCCCACAAAAA